AUGGGGGACUGCGUGCAGACGGGGGUUCCCAUCACAGGAGGUGCCGACGUCUGCGGGGAGGGUGGGAGAAGUUUUCCCUGUGGAUCAUCCCUGGCCACCCACCGGCAUGUCCACACUAUCAAGAAGCCCUACAAGUGUUCCGAGUGUGGGAAGAGCUUCGGGCGCAGUUCCCACCUCAUCUCCCACCAAUGUACCCACACCCACGAGCGACCCUAGUGUCCUGACUGCGGGAAGAGCUUCUACCAGAGGUUCAACCUCCUCAUCCACCAGCGGGUCCACACUGGAGAGAGACCUUAUGGGUGUCCUGAGUGUGGGAAGAGCUUCAGCUAUAGGUCCGUCCUCCUGAUCCACCAGAAGACCCACACCGGGGACGAGCCCUACGCCUGCACCGACUGUGAUAACUUCAGCCAGAGCUUGGACCUGACCAAACACCACCGGAUUCACACCGGGGAGAGACCCUACGGUUGCGCCGAGUGCGGGAAGACCUACAGCCUCCAUUCCCACCUCCUCUCCCAUCAGAAGACCCACAAGGGUGAGAAGCCCUACGCUUGCCCCGAGUGCAGGAAGAGCUUCAACGAUAGCUCCAACCUCAUCACCCACCAGCGGAUCCACACCGGAGAGAAGUCCUACAGAUGCCUCCAGUGCAGGAAGGAUUUUGGACGCCUCUUGCAUCUCCACCGGCACCAAAGGACCCACGCGGGGGAGAAGCCCUUCACCUGCUUGAGCUGUGGGAAGAGCUUUGGUGAGAGCUCAUCCCUCAUCCGUCACCAACGGGUCCAUCCAUGA